UCUUCCUAUGAGCAGAAAUUAGGGUUCUUCCGAGAGGCGCGAUGGAUGAUCCAGCGAUCUCAUGAUCCGCAGGAGCAGCGGCAAGAAAUGUAUCCAAUUUGUGCGAUCGUCAGCUAUCGGCACCGAGGAGGGCAAGAAGAAGGCGAUCUUGAAGGAAUGCCUGGGGUACCAGAGCACGAUCCAAAAUCUCGGCCAGGUGAGGGACGCUCUGGGGAGCAUCAAUGCGCAGGCGCGGCCGGAUCCAGAGCUCUACUUCCACCUCCUCCAGGUGUGUUCCUGCGAGAGAUCCCUGGCUCUGGGGAUCCAAGUCCACGAGAACCUCGCCAUGGCCGGGAUCGACGACAACGUCUUCGUCCACAACAAUCUCAUCAAAAUGUAUGGCAAAUGCGGCAGCCCCGCGCGCGCCUAUGCCGUGUUCCAGGCGAUGCGAUCCACGACCGUGGUGUCGUGGACGUCGAUGAUCACGGCCUUCUCGCAGAACGGUGAGCUCUGGAAGGCGUUUGAGAUCUACCAGAGGAUGCUGCUCGCGGGGAUUGCUCCAAACAGGGUCACCUUCUUCACGGCCAUCGAUGUUUGCGCUCGCGGGCCUCUUGCUCGAGAGGCCUAUCUCCUUUCCAGAAACGUUGGAGAGACCGAGCACUGCAAGGACUCCACCGUCGGGACCGCGCUCGUCAACAUGUUUGGCAAAUGCGGAGACGUGGAUGCCGCGCGAGAGACCUUCGAUGUAGUCCGCCAGAAGACGGUGAUAAGCUGGACAGCGUUGAUCACUGCCUACGCCAACCAUGGGUUCUACGAUCAAGCUCUGGAGAACUUCCAGAAGAUGGAGCUCAAGCUGGUGGCUCCGAACGAGGUGACUUUCGUGGCGGUGCUCAAUGCCUGUGCCGACUCGGGUGAUCUAGAACAAGGGAGGAUCAUCCACGAGAAGGCUGCCGCUGGCGGAUUGAUCUCCAACGUUCUAGUCGGGACAGCUCUCGUCAACUUGUACAGCAAGUGUGGCUGCCUGGCCGAGGCGAGGAAGGCUUUCCGGAUGAUCCUGGACAAGGACGUGGUGUCUUACAACGCGAUCAUCGCAGCGUCCGCGGAGCUCGGUAGCUAUGGAGACACGCUCAAGCUCUUCUACAAGAUGCUGCUGGAAGGGAAAAGGCCGACGAAAGCUACGUUUGUGAGCUUGCUCAAUGCGUGCUCCGGUCCAGCAGCUCUUCGGACGGGCCGGAUGAUUCACGAGUACGUUCGCUGCGACCCGGAUCUCGUGGUCCGGACUGCGCUGAUCAACAUGUAUGGCAAAUGCGGGGCUCUGGAAGACUCGGAGCGUGUUUUCUACAACAUGAGCUCGCGAAAUCUCGUCUCCUGGAACACCAUGUUUGGAGUUUAUGCCGACGCCAAGUGCUCCUCGCAAGCUUUCCGGCUCUACCAGCGGAUUCAACUGGAAGGUGUCAAGCCGGACGGGAUAACUUUCAUGUCCCUGCUGAACUCGUUCGCCAGCGAAGAAGCUCUCGAAGCUGGGAAGGUAGUCCACGCUCACGCUGCCGAGGCUGGGCUGGAGGACGACGUCUGCGUGGCCAACUCUCUUCUCGACAUGUAUGGGAAGUGCGGUAGCCUCGGGGACACCCGUCUCCUGUUCGAGAAAAUGGAGCUUCGAAACUUCAUAUCGUGGACGUCAAUGAUCACGGCCUGCUUCAAGCAAGGGAAAGACAGGGAAGCACUGCACGUAUACCACCGGAUGCUCCUGGAAGCCGUGGUUCCUGACAGGCUCACGUUUGCGACGGUUCUUAACGCAUGCGCAAGCUUGCCGUCGCUGAAAGAUGGCAAGGCUGUCCAUGGCUGCGUGAGAGAGAGGGGCCUGGCGAUAGAGCUCUCUCUGGGAACGGCGCUCGUGAGCAUGUAUGGGAAGGGUGGUAGCCUCAUGGAAGCUCAGGCUGCUUUUGAGCUGAUGGCCGAGAGAGACACAGCGGCAUGGAACUCGAUGCUUGCGGCUUAUGCUCAGCACGGCAAGGCCAGGGGAACGAUCCUCGCAUUUCGGAGGAUGCAACAGGAGGACGUAAAGCCGGACGCAAUCACUUACGUGAUUGUCCUCUCGGCCUGCCGGCACGCCGGCCUGCUGGAGGAAGCGCUCGAGUGCUUCACUUCCAUGACCAGAGAGCACGGCCUGCUGCCGACGAGCGAGCACUAUGGCAGCCUGAUUGAUCUGGUAGGACGCACCGGACGCUUGGAGGAGGCCGAGAAGUUUGCGGGGCACUUGAAGCAGCCGUCGAAUCCCAUGGUUUUGACGUCGCUGCUGGAUGCUUGCAGGGUCCACGGCGAUGUGGAGCGAGCAACACGGGCGGCACGGACAUGUAUCGGCCUCGUACCGGAGGAGCCUCCAACUUACGUGACGCUUUCAAGCAUUUACUCAGUGGGAGUCUAUGAAUCAAGCGACUGCUCACUUCGUCCCCCUGAAAGGCAUACUCAAAGGUGCGCUUCCAAGAUGAUCUCAUAAUUCUCAAGCUUCAUCACCCAGGCAAACCUUGGAUAGUUAAACUCGCAAUACUUCCCGCUCGUCUCGUGCUCCCACCGAAACGAACCAAUGCCCCAGCACCACACCACUGCUUUAGCACUCGUCAUUUUGCUGCCAAGCCUAUAGUCCGGGAUGUCAAACUUAUCUUUGGCCUUUUUAUGUGGAGCUCGGCUUUGACGCUGUAGCCCUGGACGAGCGGGGCGACGAGGUUGCCCAGUUGAUACACGUCCAGAUUGCAGGACAGCGGGGGUUUAGCGGCUUUGAUUCCUUCGGAAGGGCUCGAGGAUCAGCAAGCGGCCUGUGAGGGAAGAAUCAAUCGAGGAAAAGCAUUUGACUAAAGGAGAUACCUUGAGGAAAGUAACGCUCAAUCUCGCUCUUGCUCUCUCA